CCACUUCGCUGUGCCCUACACUGGACCUUACCUUACUCCUCAUUAGCAUACCAACACGCGAAACACACUCGCCCGACUCAAACCCCGGUGAACCUGCUCGUGUGCGAUAAAAGAGGGCCACUAGGAGCAACUCUCUUCGAGAUCUCCGAUAGCGACGAGGAGGCAGAUGGAAUAUGGCUACGACUGCUGAGUUGGCUACGCAUAGCUAUCAUCGAUCCCAUUCCCUCUCGCCAGGGCGAUUUCCUGACACGGCGUCAUCCAUCUAUCCAGACCGUGCCAUUCGACCUCUCCCGAGGAGCCGACUGCGAGCCAAACUGUCGCCGGAACAGGUGUCAUCUCUGGUGUUUCCACCGAGUCCACCGCCAAUCUCGCCCACCCUGACUUUCAGUGUGCAGGAGACCGGUACGCCGGCGCAGCAGCCACGGCUGACGAACGGCGACGUUCACCAUCACCACCACCUCCAUGAGCAUGAUCACGAGCACGAGGAGCAUGACCAUGACCAUGAACAUGAACACGACAACCAUCACCGCCACCAUGCCGUGCACCAUGAUCAUUGCACUUGUGGGCACGAUGGGGACAGCGGCGACGAUGAAGUGGAGUUUGACCAUCCCGACUACCGUUAUGCUACUGCUCCGAUGACGAAUGGGAGUGGUCUGAAGCCAGACUCUUUGCAGAGGCGACUAGUAGAGGCCUCGCGUGCUGCAAACAAGCCACCGCCCCCAGGCUCAACAGCAUCCUCAGGCGAUGGAUACGAAAGCUUCGAGAACACCAGCAACAAGAAGAAGCGGAAGAUUCCACUGUCCUCGGCUUCGAGCAUGCAUCAGAGUCAAUUGAGCGCGGAAAUGGCAAACAUGGGGAUAAGCAAUUCUCAUCCCGAGGUUGAUGAGGAUGGAACGAAUGGGAUACAGCACACACAGCAGCAAUACUACGAUCCACACGUAGCUCCGUCCAUCGCUGGCUCAGGCACUGGAAUCAGCGGCGCAGGGCGAGGACGAUAUGGCAGGCAAGAUGGCAGACACCGAAGACCGUUAGGAAGCAGCACGAUCAACACUGUCAAUGGCUACAACUCGCGCUCUUCGCCACGUGCGAGCGAUGUGAGAAAUGGAGAAGAAAACACCGGUGGGAUCAUCUCCCAGGCCAUCAAAACUGCUGCCGAACAAGGGCCGUUGACACCAGCAACCAAGGGUCGAGAGAACGUGAGCUUGCUUUCAUCUACUACUAGUAUCGACAUCAACUUAUCAGCCCCCAACUCACAGUUCACGUUCACAUGCGAAUCCGACUCCGCUACGAAAAUGGUCGACCAGCAAGGCCAGUACGUCGCCGGCACGCCCACGCCAGCGCGAUCAAUGCCGCAGCACGCGCACGGCACACAGACUUCACCACUAUCACGCGGGCAGCAUCCUUCCGUCAAUGCCAACCGCCCACCUCCACCGCCCGCAAACUCUGCAGGUCAUCCCCAGCAGCAGCAAGCUGCACCGCCCAAGCCCAGGCCUCGUCGAAAUCCAACAAAGGAAUACGCGAUGCAAGCAGCGCAGCGGAAGAAGAACCAACAGUAUCAGAACUACCACCACCGGCCGAAGCACGAUGACAUGUGGAUCUGCGAGUUCUGCGAGUACGAAGACAUCUAUGGUGUGCCGCCUUAUGCUUUGAUCCGUGCAUAUGAGAUCAAAGACCGUAAGGAACGCAAAAAGGCUGAAGAGAAGCGGAGACUGCUCGAGAAGGCCAAGAUGAAGGGACGCAAGAACAAGAAGGGCACAGGGAAGAGCAAGAACAACACCGCCAACAAUGCUGCGGCUCCGGCACCACCUGCUCAUCCGCAGAACUACGAUCCAAGCUUGCCGCCUCCUGAUGACGAAGAAUACUACGACGACGAAGACUACGCCGAUGAUGACUACGCCGAUGACCAAUAUCAGCAGGAGUAUUAUCCGCCGCCAGCACCUGCGAGCACGCCGGCGACUGUUGCAGCUGGUGGUGGCGCUCGCCCUCAGCAUGUAUAGCUCACGCAGACAUGGCGGCGCUGGUGCUCAUCUUCACUCCCGAAGCAUCAUGGGCUGUGGUUUUUGGAGCUUCUGCAAAGGCUGCCUCCGGUUUUCCAGCUCGCGUACAUCCUCGUACCUUGCAAUCGAUCCUUUGCAAGGGACAAGGAGGACAGCCAAAACAAACUGUUUUGCAAUCAUUGCAAAGGACCACGAUUAUGGAUAUCAAGCAUGGGAUGGGUGGCCAGUGUCGUACAUGCUCAUGAGGGGCCUUGUACAUACGGAGAAAGCAUCUCUGGUUGGGUAAUGACUGGCGCGAAUUGAUGCUCGAUUCUUGUUUCUUUGCGUGCGUUUCGUCGUGGCUGCAUUUGCAUACCAUUCCCCCGGCGUUCAAUACCUCCACUCAGCAUUCAAAUAGAGGACACGACGCGUGACAGCGGAGACGAAGACGGCGAACGUGUCUCUCUUGCAGACACGUCGAGAAGUUUUUGCGUGGCAAAGGGGUCCAGGAGAUGAAGUUGCAAUGAUGGUGGAAGCUGCAGUAGGUAGGUAGUAGUACAUUGUAACUGUAACUAGGAGGUACAUGGAUGAUCUCGAGG